AUGGCAAUCCAGAGGCAUGUCGAAUCCUUCUCAGUUGACAACUCUGUUAACCUGCAAUUACUCAACUAUUCAGGCAAAGAAUUUCGAGAAUGCCAACUCUCUGCGUCUGGCCAACAGUACGACCAGCUUGUAGUUGGGGCGGCCAUAUUUCGCCACAUUCCGAAUUUGACCUCUUCAAAAAUGCCAUGCAUUCUUCUCUUGAAACGGGCACCUCAUGAACCAUACUUCCCCAACAUCUUUGAGUUACCCUGCGGGAAAGUCGAUUUAACUGACCCGACACUCAAACAUGCCCUUGUCCGUGAGGUAAAAGAGGAAACGGGGCUAGAUGUCACCAGAAUCUCCGCACAGCUGGGUCCAAUGAUAUACCAAACUGAGAAAACCAUUAAGAGCGACGCAGGAGUCGAAGCCUCAGUUGUCAAGAGCGCUAUUCAGCUCAACUAUGUGGUUUCAGUGUCCGAUGGAAUGGUGAAGUUGAGUAUAGACGAACAUUCAGAGAGCCGUUGGGCCACAGAGGAGGAGUUGGAUGAACUGGACAUUACAGAUGAGACAAGAGCAGUCAUUCGGGAAGCAUUCCAGUGGAGUGCCAGCCAGUGA